CAGAGUCCUCUCGUUCUCUUCCUCGAUUCACGAAGCUGCGCCCCUCCUUCUGGCUCUGUUACAUUACGACAGAAUACCCUCUCCACCUAUUUUUGUGAGUACGGGUAUUCUGUAUUUAGGCAGCGUCAAAAGCGUGUUGCCGGUCGAAAUCCGGAGGGCAGUACGGCGACUCGGACUUGAAGACGCUAAUUUAGGUUAGAUGCUUUUCUCUAUUGUGUCUUGUGUUGAUGGUUAACCUAGUGCUUAGGUUGUGGUUAAAUUUAGGAUAACCGUUCAACCUUUUUGAUAUUACACUUUUCGGAAACAGCCGAUACUUGGAGUGCUUCCUGCAUCGUAUUGUUUUCGCUCAACAGUUGCUACGAGUAUCAGCGCAGUCGUUGGAUCGACGACAGCCGAAGAUACCUUCCCAAAAGUGUUUGUGUAAGUGCCGAAAUAUACCUGGCAACGUAAUGCGCAGAACUCUGUAUUGGAGUUAGCUACAAUCAUCUGUAUUCAUUAUCGUUGUUCCGGUUAGGAAAGGGAAGAAGCACUGAUCUAGCCCAAAACACGUGUUUCAUAUCUGCUCCCCGGAUUAGCGCUGCUGUCCGAUUCGAGAAGUCCGAUUGACUUAAGGUUAGACUUUUGUUGGCCAAGACGAGAAGGAAAAGUUUCACUGACCUCGGAUCAACGAGUGCUUCUGAAUUGCAUUGGUGUUUCGUUGUCGACAACCCCCUAGGGGACGCCAUGGCUGUAGCACGCUUCAAAGAGGCAUUUCAGUCAUCUCCUUGGCUAAAACCACUCUUAAUUCGUUUCGGCUUAUCAAUCGUGCUUCUCCUGUACGUUGUGAGUGGAGCUAGUGUUUUUAUGGGGGUUAUGGGACCGUCAACGCAGGAUGUGUCCUUGCAGGAGAAGCUGGAACGACUGAGGAAUGAUACUGCUCUUUUAAUAGCAAACGAAUUGGCUGGCCAAGAGACUGGAAAGGCUGCUCAGGCCAUGUCUAGAUAUCUCAUGACAUACGAACGUGAAUUAGAGCGUUCUCGUUCUCGUUCUCGAAGCCCUGUCGACGAGCUCCUACUUACUGCCCGUGAUGAGAAGGGCCGCCGAAACUUGGACAGUCCGGGAGCUACUUAUGAAAAUUCACUCUAUUUCACUUUGUCUCUACUAACCGCUACAGCAUCGGGAAAUCUGCUACGGCUCCCUGACGAAGUUCAGGUUUUGGUUGUCAUCUAUACGUUGUUGGGAGGUCCUCUCGCUAUCUGUUGGCUCAUUCUCAUGGGUCGGUCAAUGGCGCAACUUUGGCUUUUGGUUUGCAUCCAUUCCUGCUGCUGUGGUAUGUCGCCGCUUAGGAAGAUCGACUCAUCGUUCGUAAGACGUCUUUUGUCAGGAUUGCGGCGCCGGAAUUGUAGCAUCACUCCUGGAUUGCUACCUAGCCAAAUCGUAUCACGUGGUCUACGGCAAGCGAAUAGCGCUACUUCUUUUACAGGAUCAGCCAGUGAGGUUUCAGUAAUCGGUGAUCUGGCCACUUCAGAACGAAAUGUUCUUGUUCAACCAGAAAGUGUGAACGAAUACCUUCGGCUGAUUCGCGGUGAUUUCAUUCUGCCCCUUUGGACACUUUCCCUGUUCUUUCUAUUGUUUGGUGUAUUUGGAGCGACCGUAGCUGCUGUUACGCAUCAGGUGCCCUUUACGACAGCCUUGUUUUAUGGAUAUUUGAUUUUUACAACCAUCGGCGGUGUGGUGCCUAAUCUCAGUCUGAAUACUGCCCCACAAACCCAAUAUUUGCCUAGGUUCAGCGGGGAAGAUAUGUUUACUUUCAUUGUCGUUCAACAACAUCGUGCAGUUAAGGUCCUCUGGAUGAUCUAUUUUGUACUGGGAUACAUCAUGCUGGCGGGAAUUGUUUACCUAACCUAUCUGAUGGUGACAUGGAGAUGCGGCUUUUGUCGAAUCAUAGAAAAUUCAACAGAGAAUGAGGAAUCACCCGUGGAGCAGAACCCACCGACUGUUCUUAACGCUGACGAAAAACAGGUCACACAUGUUGAGGUUAUAUCACCGAGAUGUAGGAUAGGUGCACAGGGUGCUGUUUUGAUGGGAAGUAAAGUGAUCGAAUCCCGACGGACGUCUGCGGCUUUACUAGUCGGAAGACAAACUUUCAUCGAGGUCGAAACACCCGAUCUUGAGGAGGGGCUUUUAACGCUUGAAAAUGUAUUGGCGGAGCCGGGCGGUGAACUUGAGGAUCAUUCGGAGUCUGACUCGGGCAUUUCGAAGACGGGCGGCUCCGAGAGGGUCGAGCAAAAUGACAGAGAGAAAACGCUAGACACAGAAGAGUACAGGGAAGAACAGAUUAAAGCGGAGGAUGACGAACCCAAUAUGGAUGACCGAACCACUGGAUCUACUAAGGGUGUUGCCAUCAGCCCAAGUAUCGAGCCGGGACGUGCUAGUGGCGGUAGUCUAGCGUCAUUAGGGAGCAGUAGUAAUCGACGCGGUUCAGCUAUAAGCGUUAUACAUGUUCGGGAAUUUAGCAAAACGCCUGAUUCGAUAGGGUCUGUCGCUCGCGACGGCUUAUUAGGCAGCGCAAUGAGUGAGGAAGACAUUCAGGACGAACUAGAGCCGGAUGUGACGCGAGACAGUCUCGAGCAGAUUUCCGAAAUGGCCGCUCUCGAGGAACUGCAGAAAGAUCUUAAUGCCGCAGUCACUGCCAAUGAUGAUCCACUAAACAAUAGAGACGAAGGACUCGAUGGUACUGGGGCAGACGAAGCAGCUGCAAAAUAAGCUAUUGAACCUGUUGGAGAAGAGGUCCCUACUGCCUAAAAUAUGUUACGUAAACAUACAUAUCCACUAGACACUCACACACAACCAUAAAUGUUACUGGAUGAUUAAAGUGUAGGAAUGAACAAAUGCAAGGAAUCAGUGGCCAUAUUACCAAUCUCUGAUCCCUGAGAGAGAUUGGACGCUAUUUCCUAGGACAGCACAUUGUGUAUUCUCUACUAUGAUUCAAUAGAACAUACUAUUAUAGCUAGAACGGCGAAGAAAUUAAUGUAAGGGAGGAAGUAAUUAAUUAAUUGGGUAACUUACAUUCAAUUACUUCUAUUUAUCGUAACGAGUAAAAGCACCGACCUGUUUAUACAAGUGGUCGCAAUGACAACGAUAGUUUUUAGUCUUCGUAGAUUGCUACACAUUUGGUAUGGGUAACACUGUGUAUUUGGAUUCUGAUAUGCCUAUGACUUACAUAUACGUUGCAGGGAAAGUGCGCCGAGUCAUAAACGAGAGACAAAGAGUCAUAAAUCAGUAAAUGUUGCUUUUAAUUGUUAGCUAAAGGUUAACGUUAUACACCGCAAAUUCUUUUGGACAACAAUUUAUUUACUAUUUGAUUUGUUUCUUCUUCUUCUUCUUUAUGUUGGCGCUUCAUUUAAUGAAUGCAUUUGUUUAAAUUAUCCAAACUAACGAUGUGUUACCAAGCAUGGAUAUUUGGUGGCGGAUUAUGGAGGUGUUCAUAUAAAGGCUCAGUUUUUCAUGCAAUCAGUUAUUGAUUAUAUCUAUUAAUUUCAGACAGAAGGUCAGCAAUAAAAAUCUGUGAAGGAGAUAGGCACUGAAUAGCAAAGAUGGCAAGCAACUUUAAAUCUGAAAACUCAAAGUUCCAUAGUUUACCUCGAAUUGAAACGGAAAACAGUUCAAUUAAAUAGACUCAAACAUUAGAUAGUUCGUCGUGUUUCGUAUUUUAUUUUCAGACGCGUACCAUGCUAAAAAGAUGCAUGCUGUACGAAAGAUCCCACCACCGUUGUGUUAUUUCCAAAAUGGGCAAAUGUAAUUAAUACAAGGAAGUAGUAAAGCAGAAAUAAAAAGGAUUGAACAUUCAAUAUGCAUUGUGUAAAAUUGCAUGUAUAUAUCUAUAGACCCUUGGACGCAUGACGAUAUAUUGAUACUAUAGGAAGUUAUAUAUGAACAUACGUGUAAAUAUACUAUGUCA